AUGAGUGACACACUGAGACCUCCUUCCCUCCAAGUGAGCGUUCCAAACGAUGCACCGGUAUAUACCGACGGAGCUAACAACACCGUGUCAGAUUGCUCCAUGAGAUCCAGCUCCUCGACUCCGACGCUCCGCCGCAAACGCUUCAAGAUGCGUCGCAUGAGAAAUGUCCCCAGUGAGAGAGGGCUGGAAAGGGGACAGCUGAGCAGCGGUCACCUCAAGGGGCGUUCGCACUCUGGCUCCAAGGAAUACCUUCAGCUGCCAUCCAUUGAGAUCACCCCAUCCAGUGAUGAAGAUGCUCCCUCUUCGUGGUCUAGCUGCUCUACGCCCAGUGCCUCUCCACGACGGAAGCGUUUCCUGUUGAGGAAAUGGCUGAAAGUCAGAGAGAAGAAGGAGCAAGGCAGUGAGAGCAGCAGCCAACAGAGCAGCCAGCAAAGCAGCCAACAAAGUAGCCAUGAAGAUGACACCACUCGCUUCUUGACUCCAUUCAUCAGAGAGGAGAGGUCUAACAGUGCAGCUGACAAAAUCAGGGUAGAUAUGUCCGAAAAUGAUGAAUCUGGCGAUGCUCACAACCUAGUUUCAUCUGCCUUGCUGCCCAUCGACGGGAAGGGGAGGAAGAGUGAAGGAGAGGAGCAGUGGGGGAUGAAAGGAGGUGAAGGACCACCCUGA